AUGUCUCGAUCACAGCUCCUGACGCCAGAGCAGACAGCCGCCCUCUUUGACAUUCUCAUUCAUCAUGAGACGUACUCCGAAAUCGAAGCGUUCAAGUCCACAGACGGCGUCCUUACACAUGGCUUUCCCUUUCGCAAUGAAGAGCAGCAAGAUCGCGCGGCCCAACGCCACGACAUUGCUGCGCCAGCACCGAACAGUGGCGGCGGCUUGACGGGCUUCGCGCUCAGCCUCUGGGGACGCUCCGGCAGCUCAGGCGUAACGCCGACGCCCUCGGCGCCCGACUCACCGCGCGCAUACACGCCGCCGGUCGGCGAGCUAUCACUCGGGAGCGAUGCUAGCGACGCCGAGGGCGAUGAGGAGGACGCUAGCACACUAUCGGCACUGCCGGUCAUGCAGCUGCUCACCUCGACGUUUGUGAUGCGGCUGCCGGCCUUGAAGACUCUGCCGAGGGACUUUUGGGCUGUGCGCGUGCAGGGCCUGCUGAGCCGCUUCGCGGAGGCUGAUCUGUCGGAAAGCUAUGACAAAGGGACGAUGGGGGCGCGCAAGACGCUGUCUUCGGGCUCGGGGUCUGUCAUUGAGAUGAUUUCGAGGGGAUUUCUCGGCGGCGUUGGGAGGAGGGGUGACCAAAGCUCAGAACCGACAACGGAAGAGCUAACGAAGAGGAGUUACAAUCUUCAUGACGGCCAGGAGCUUAUUCGCGCGUGGGAGGAUGUCCUAGAGGGGCUGGUUUACGGCGACUUGGUGGAUAACAUGUUUGACUACCUCGCCAAGACGGAUAAGCUAGAGGAGCACUCGGUCGCCGUCGACGCGUCUAGCAGUUAUAUUGUUCUCCAUCUCGCCGCGCUGCUGCACCACAUCUUUGUACUGACCCCCGACGGACAGUACCUGCUCAAGCUGCUAGAUAAUGUCCACGGGUUGGUUCCCUACAAGAUGAUUAAGCAGACGUUACGCAUCGGCAACGCCGCCACUAUGAUGAGCGGCAUGAUACGGCUGCUGCUGGCCAAGCUUAGCGUCACCGGCCUGACUAACUGGCUAGGCGUUACCCAAAAUGACGACGACGGCAUGAACUUAUUGCAAAACAUCAUUUCCCUGGUGCUGUCGCGGGAUGCGAGCGAAUUUAAAAAGAUUAUACACCGCAUCGACAAGAUGCAGGCAAAGGACGGCGCGCCGAGCGAGGAGAUGCUCGAGGCGAUUCAGGCGCACGCCGCGAGCGGCAAGGCAGAGCACUCGGCGUUGAGGAAGGCGAGCCUCGAAGCCAAAGAAUCCAUCGUUGUGGCGAUGCUUAAGGCGCGCGACCCGACGCUCGUGGAACAGCUCAGCGAGAAGCAGCACGCGCUAUGUCUCCAAUACUACUCGGCUUUGCUGUCGAUCCGCGACCGCGAUGCCAUCACCAGGGUGCUGUGUCGCCAGCCGCCAGACCUUUUCACUAAAGCGCUGAAGGAGGUAGCCGCCGCUUACAACCCCAUGAUUCGCAUUGUGCACGAGCGCGUCGACCUAGGAGACCACCUGCAGGAUCUGCAAGAGUUCAUCACCCAAUUUGUGCGCGUGAGCACGCACGAUAGCGGCGCUGCCACGGUCGAAGACUACGUCAAGCUGCUCAACGACCACAAGCCGCUGCUACACAAGUUUGUCCACGCCGUUGCUAAGAACUGUCCCCAAGUGUGGCGUGACAUACGCGAGUGGAGCAAUGCAUCUAUUGUGCGUUUCAGGCAGCAGAUGGCAUCGGAUGCAACGAGGAGCGCUAUGGAUGAGUCCCUUGAUGGACUCGUCUCUGGGCUAGACGACGUCGCGCGUGCCAAGGUACUCGCCGCCGUCAACGCCCAUGCGAGCUACCUCGCGACGCUCAAGAAGGGCUCGGAUGCGCGUCUCACACAGCUAGCCGCGCAAAAGACUAGCAGCAGCGGUAGCGGUAGCUGGGGACCUGGCAUAUACCUCGCGCGCUGGCAGGAUAUCCUCGACGACACGCUCAUCACGCCGGCCAGCGCUGCACAGCCGGCCGCGGUGCGGCGCGGCGCAGACGUGCGACACUUGGCAACGCUGGGCAAAACGGGGGUUGCGGGCGGCGACCUCGUGGCGGAGCAGACGGCGGGUGGCCAGAGGACGGUGCCGCGGGCGCCGGACGUGAGUAUCGUGGUAGAGAAAUUGGGUGAGGCGUUUACGGCGCUGAUGCAGGCUGUGAAUAUGGAAAGAAGAGUGUUUGGGAAGAAGUAG